AUGGGAUAUCAGAAUCACCUAGGAUCUCGCUUGGCUUGGGCUGGGGGGCGAGCUCCCCCUUCAACCCCCUGUAUUCCCCCCCGUUUCGGCCUCGCUCGCGGCGGCGCAAUCUGCGCCGGUUGGGUCGCCGGUUUCUUCGCGGGGCCGUGUCAUGGGGAAAUUCGCCCCCAAGCCCAAACCAAGCCAUUUAUUAUAUAG